AUGGAGCGUUCUUCUGAGGCCACGGUGGGGGAGGAAGUCGGAGCCGAAGAUGAGCAGCAACGACAACAACGACAACAACAGCAUGACGGCCUCGAUCCAGAUGAUACCGCGUCACAACAUGCCUCUGGUAGACCUGGCCUUUUCAAGCGACUAUGGACAAAAGCCGGGCUUGACCUUCCGACAUUGAUGAUGAUGCUAAAAGGAGCCAUUGCGCCGACCAUCGCACUAGCAGCAUACGAGAGUGAUGCCUGGGCUCGAGAAUAUUCAACUCUUGGAUAUCUUUCCGCGAUUAUGACCACCCUCACGCUGCCAAUUCUCCCUCGAGGAAAGUUCUUGCAGAACCUCUUGACUGCAACCUUUGCCGUCUGCCUAGGGGCUGCUAUGACACUGCUGACGAUCCGAUGCACCGUAGCUGCGCGAGAGUCGAGAUCUCGAGCGUCGCAAGAGGGCACCUCGGGCAGCCAAGAGGCACGGAGCUAUAGUACGGCAGCAAAUGCGACCGCUGUGGCCUGGCUAUUCUUCAACUUAUGGUUCGCCAAUACCCUGAGAGCCGCCCGGCCUCAGCUGAUGAUAGUGAGUAUUCUAUACACCAUUUUUAUGGUUGUCGCUUUGACAUAUGCACCGAAAUUUACAACCAUGGCUGUUGGGAUGGCGUUUGUAAAGAGACUACUAAAGACCUUUCUGACCGGAUUUGCAUUGUCUACUGGGGUGUCACUCUUCAUAUUACCUGUCUCAUCUCGAAUGGUCUGUCAGAAGCAGAUGGCUGGUGUCUUGAACCUGUUGAAGACCUGCAUAAGCAUCCAUAACUCAUAUCUUCAGCAAAUUUCGGCUUAUCAGCAGGAAGCGGCCUUGGCCGAUGGGAAGAACGGCGCAUCGAGGGGACCUGCAGACUCUGCGGCGUCUGCUCAGCAAGCUCAAGCAUUGUCCGCCAAACUCAAGACAACUCUUCACGAGACCUCAAAUCUAUUUGGAAUGUUAAAGAUUGAGAUUGGCUUUGCAAAAAAAGAAAUUGGCUUUGGAAAACUACGUCCUGAAGACUUUUCUAUGAUAUGGGUGCGCAUACAGCAGAUUUUCCUUCCAAUUGCCGGCCUGUCCACGUUCGCGGAUAUCUUGGAAACCGUCAGACGACACAAGGUGGAAGGGGAAGAUCUGCUCCAAGACGCCGGUCUCGUGGACGCCAUCCAUAAACUGGAAGCGGAUGAAUGGCAUGAAGUUGUGGCCAUGUCCCGAGAGCCUUUCACCAGGGUCAAGGCGAGCCUGGCUGAUGGUAUUGCCCAUGCGCAGUAUGUCCUCGAGCUCGUGCCCCGACCCAAAACUUCCAAAAUCAAGGAUCUGGAAAAGAAUGCCGAUGCAGCACCGGCUCCAGGCGACCCCAAGUUUGCCGAGCACCUGAAAGCCGAGAUAAAACUAUUUGAAGAACAUCGCGAGGGCACGAUGCGAAGAUGGUGCGAGAAGAAAGGCAUCGAUGUCCCUGCUAAAUUCUGGGAGGAUCCGUCGGCGCAAUACAAUUUCGAAGGAGCCGCUUCUCUUGACGAAACCAUACGCAAUAAACACAACCACCAGCAACUCUAUUUGAUACUUUACCUUGAAUAUCUUCUCUACUCAAUCUGCCUGUCCAUUCUAGAUUUGGUCGUUUUCGCAGAUUCUAAGGUCCAGGAUGGGACCAUGAGCAAAAUGCGCCUCAUCUUUCCGGGAUGGCGACGGAUCAAGAACUUAUUCAAGCACAUGUUCACGCAGGAGGACUCCGAACCAGCUUUACCUGACGGAGAUGCUACCGGAGUCGUCAUCUGGCCCGGUGAAUCGGUUUUCGGAAAUAGAGACCCAGAACACUUGCCCCCGACGAACUUGUACCAACGCAUGACCGACUAUCUACGAGCGAUCCCUCGCGUCCUAGGCUCUGAUGCCUCGUCGUUUGGCUUCCGCGCUGCUGUCGCCAGUGUCUCCAUAGCUAUUCUUGGAUAUCUCAGGCCGACACACACGUUCUACAACGAACAGCGGGGAGUCUGGGCUGUCAUCAUGGUCGCCAUCUCCAUGGGCCCGACUGCCGGCGCAGGCGUACAGGGAUUUCUGUUCCGCAUCGGCGGUACAGUAAUUGCCAUGGUCGUAUCGAUUGCGAUAUGGUACAUGGGGGACCAGAAACCAGCUGCCAUCAUACCUCUGCUGUACAUUGCGAUAGUGUGCGGAUUCUAUGUCGUCCUCAAAAAGCAAAAGUACCUAAUCUCGGGCGUCAUUUCGAUCGUGACGCUCGUCUUGAUCGUGGGCUAUGAACUUCAGGAUUUGAAGAUCGGCACAAAAUUACUGACCAGCAACGGUCAAAAAUACUACCACAUCUACGUCCUUGCGCCCUACCGACUGGCCACCGUCGUGAUCGGGUUGACAGUAGCAUUCAUAUGGACCUACCUGCCCUACCCGGUGACUACGCGGUCCACGUUGCGAAAGGACCUCGGCUCCGCACUGUACCUGCUAGGUAACUACUACGCCUGUACACACAGCAACGUGGAAAUGAAACUCCGGCUCGGCGCACACGCCGACGACGCCGACAAGAACAGCCCGAUGCGCAAGCUCGACAAGGCACGCAUCCAGUGCUUCACCAAGAUGCUGACGAUGCUCAACAAGCUAAGACAGCAUUCGGACUUCAUCGUCUACGAGCCGACGUUUGGCGGGAAGUUUCCCAAGCAGACCUACGACGGACUCAUUGUCCAUCUGCAGAGCCUGUUCAACUACAUGGCCCUCAUCAACUACUCGUCUCAAGCGUUUGUCACGCGGCCCGACCGAUCGGGCGAUCUCGACGACUACGACGACAAGGUUCCCGACCGGGGACAUCCGAUGGGCCACUUACCCACCCGGUACGUCGAGAGCGAGUGGCUGUCGGAUUUCCGGCGACUGACCGCCGAAGCGGCCGUCACGAACCACGAACUCACGAGCAUCAUCUGCCUCGUCGCCGCCAGCAUAUCAAACUCGCAGCCUCUGCCGCCGUACGUGCGCGUACCCCCGCCGAUUCACCUCGCGGACCAGCUGUCCAGGAUCGACCCCGGGAUCCUGAGCGUCCAGCAUAUCAAUGAGCCCUGCUACGCCGCGUUUGCCGUCCUGGAGAUCGCGAGCGUGCUGAUCAUGCAGGAAACGACGGCCGUGCUGGCCAAGGUGAAGGAGCUUGUCGGCGAGGUGGAUUUCAGUCUGCACAUGUCCUCGUCCACGGACACGAGUAGCAGUUCUCUUCCGAAUGGAAAGGGCAAGGCGGAUUGA